UGCACGAGCCACAAUGUACGCUAACCGUAAAAAGUACACUGUUAUCUUAGUUUUUUGCCAUUCCCUGGCGGUCCUUAAUAGUAACGCCUCGGGAAAAGCAAGGGACUACUGUGUAGUUGCUAUGUAUCUUCAAACAAACGGAGGAGAUCAUGUAUCUCAGGGGAAUGGAGUGAGAAAAGAAAAGCUCAGGGCAUCCAAGGCUGAACAAAGAAGAAGGAGACAGCCAGACACCAGCUAAGCAGCCGCAAAGAUGAGUUACUCCAGCGAGGUGUACAGCAGCAGCUCCUAUCGUAAGAUCUUCGGUGAUGCUCCACGAGCGGGUCGUGCGGGUCUGGGCGGCAGCAGCAGCCCGUCCCGAGUGCACACCUCCGGGUACCGCAGCCGCACCUACGGGUCCCCGUCAAUGAUGUCCACCGCCAGCUACCGCAGGAGCGCGGCACCCGGCAGGGUUUUCUCCUCCUCCUCCAUGCAGGACUCCCUGAUGGACCUGACUCAGUCCACGGCGGUCACCAACGAGCUCAAGAUCAUCCGCACCAACGAGAAGGAGCAGCUGCAGGGGCUCAACGACCGAUUCGUGUCCUUCAUCGAGAAGGUGCACAACCUGGAGCAGCAGAACAAAGUCCUGGAGGCGGAGGUGACCUUGCUCCGGCAGCGCAACAGCGAGCCCUCGCGUCUGCACGAGCUCUACGAGCAGGAGAUCCGGGAGCUCCGCGCCCGCGUGGAGGAGCUGACUCACGAGAAGAGCCAGAUGCACCUGGACUGCGUGCAGAUGAGCGAGGCCCUGGAGCGCCUGCGCGAGAAGCUCGACGAGGAGGCCAGGCUGAGAGAAGAAGCCGAGAACGCCCUGAAGAGCUACCGGAAGGACGUGGACGACGCCACCCUGGCGCGCCUGGAGCUGGAGAAGAAAGUGGAGUCGCUCCUGGAUGAGAUCGCCUUCCUGCGGAAAGUUCACGAGGAGGAGCUGCAGGAGUUGCAGUCGUCGCUGCAGGCCACUCAGGUGUCAGUGGAGAUGGACAUGAGCAAACCGGACCUGGCGGCGGCCCUGAAGGACAUCAGGGCCCAGUAUGAGAACCUGUCAUGCAGGAACCAGGCGCAGGCAGAGGAAUGGUAUCGCUCCAAGUUUGCAACCGUGACUGAGGCCGCAGCUCGCAACCAGGAUGCCAUCAAGCACUCCAAGGAGGAACUCACCGAGUACCGCAGGCAGGUGCAGGCCCGCACCUUGGAGAUUGAGGCCCUCCGGGGCCACAAUGAGGCCCUGGAGAGGCAGAUUGCUGAGAUGGAGGACCGCCAUAACGGUGAAAUUGGAGACAUGCAGGACACUAUUCAGCAACUGGAGGCUGCACUGCGCAGCACCAAAGGAGAAAUGUCCCGUCACCUACGGGAAUACCAGGAUCUGCUCAAUGUCAAAAUGGCGCUGGACAUUGAAAUUGCUGCUUACAGGAAGCUGCUGGAAGGCGAGGAAUGCCGCCUCAGCACCGUCGGCGGCGCCAUGGUCCAGUCCGGUUACCCGGGCUUCUCCUACAUGUCAUCCCGCACAUAUUCCUUGGGAGCGUACCGGAAGUCUAAGCCUGAAGAGGAGGAGGAAGAAGAAGAGAAGGAGGAUGACGAUGACGGGGAGGAGAACGACAACGACGAGGGCGAGGAUGAAGACGAGGGAGUCGACCAGGAGGGAGGUGACGGCGAGGAAGAAGAAGAAGAGGAGGAGGAAGAAGAGGAGGAAAAGCUAAAAGAGAAGGAUGACAAGGAGAAGAAGAAGGAGACCCCCACCGGGAAGACCAGCAAGAACUAAAACCGCUUACGUAGCAUCACCAGCAUCACCACAUCUCAUCGACCAUGCUUAUUAUCUCAUACGGUUGCAUCAUCCAUUUGCAAAAAAUGCUGAAUCAGCAGAAGAAACGUGGGAUCCGGUAAAGCUAGCAUGAUGAUACUUUUCCUUGUCGGCAAAUAUUGUGCCAUUUCUGACCAACAAGAGCAAUCAAACCUUCGACUAGCACACACGAGCACACAGACUUGACAGCCACGCCAACGUUUUACGGUGCUAUGUGAUUUUUCACAGAUAAAAGUUGGCCGACAUUUUUAUCCGAGCACGAUCAGCUCAAAACGUAAACAUAAUUAAUUAAAUCCGUCCAUUCAUUGCUCUCUUUUUGUCAAAAACACAGCAAUAACGCCAAUCAAAUGUUUUUUUUUUUUUUUAUGCAAGUGCAGGUUCUAGUCAAUAUCACCGUGCAGGGGUUCCGCAUUAAGGUACCUCCAAAAUUGGUUUGGCUCAAUGUAUUGUAUGGUUUGGCUGCACCCCCUUGUUUCCAUGCGUCAUGUUCCACCAUCUUAUUCAAAACAAACAUGCCCAUAUAUUUUUAUGUUGAAUGUAGCCAACGGGAGUGUGGAUGAGUGGCAAGCAGCUGACCGUGACACUGAUGGUCCUCCACUGUGACUGCAAGUGGCAGGUGGGUCACGGUUCUGCAGUGUACACAAGGGCUAUUUUCACCCUAACCCCCCCCCCCCCCCUUUCCUUAUUACUUUUACCUUGAACCGUUAGUAACCAUCGUUCAUUAACUCAUUCAUCAUUUUCGCGUCCCUUUGACCAAUGAAACGACAAAUGCAUGGCCUGAUUCUGCAAUUUGGAAAUCCUGAUUUGCUUGUUGUCGUGUGUUCAAUUUCAACUUGCCUUAACCGUAACCGUAACUGAAAUGCAACAAUCACAUUGUAAUAGAUUUCCGGGGGGAGGAAGAAGAAUGCUACAUACAUAAAUGUGACUGUACAUGCUGCUCCUAUCAUGCAGUGAUAUUUCUCUCAAAAGCCAAAUAAAGCUACUAGUGAAGUGUG